CUGAGUGCCAUUCUUCUGUCAGGAACAAGGGUGGGUGUAUGUGGAGCAAUGCUUCAGCUAUUUAUCCCCGCUCACACACUUAUCUGUGUCCUGAGGAGAGUGUGCAGCCCACCAGUCCUCCGAUAUGGCAACACAUUGACUGGAUCCUGAGGACCCUCAGCCUUGGCUCUGUGUUUCUGCCUCAGUCUGUUUCUUUGACUUGUGCAGAGAGACAGACACGUCUUACUUCAACCUACAGCUCGCUCAUGUGGUAACCACAGUUUCCCCUCUCCCAGCGGAAGACAGCAGCAGCAGGUGUCUGCAAGAAAAGCAGCAGUGAGAAAAUGAGACGUUACACAACUACUAACGACAAACUAGUGGAUAUAAAGUCUCUGCGACCUCUGGUCCCAAUUAAAGGUGCUGUGUUAUUAUGUAUUCUGAUACCUGCUCAGCCCAGAACAUAACACACCUGAGGUGUGGUGACAUUAUGAGCUUACGUUGGGAAAUGUCGUUCCUGUUCGGUUUCACACACAUUAUCUGAUCUCCUCUCCCUUGAGCUAUGAAAUGCUGAUGUCACAUCUUUAACACCGAGGGAUGGAGCUGUAGGUGUUUGGAGGGUGUGUGUGUGUAUGUGUGUGUGUGUGUGUGUGUGUGCGCGCGUGUGUGUGUGUGAUGUGUGUGCACUCCCUGUUGAGCUGUUCAGUGAGCUGUAGUCAGGAAUGCUACCCUGUGAGGGGAGGAAAAGAGGGAGAAAACAACAAUGGGAGGGGGAGGAGAGAGAGGGAGAGACAGACAGAGACACAGAGAGAGAGAGAGCGAGAGGGAGAGAGAGCGAUAGAGAGAAAGAGAGAGAGGACAAACCAGUGUGGCAGGUUUGAGUCACUGUACACAGGCCAUCAUGCAAAGCUCAUGGAACGAGAGAGGGACAGAGAGAACAAGGCUUCAGGAGCUGAUGUCAUUGCAGAGCGCUGCCUUCGUUAUGAACCAGUGUCAACACAAUGGUACGAGACAGAGGUCACUCUGAGAGACGGUGCAUUUGUGUCUUUUUGCGGGAGUGUGAAAUAAACGGGGCCGUGUUGCCCGGGAUACCCAGAUGGGAGGCUGCUUUGUGACCUGGCAGAACAGGUUUCGAUCAGUCACUACUCUGAGACCGAUUGUCGCUCUUUAUUGCAAAUGCCUUUGCAGGGAGGAUUGCUGUUAGGCGAUGGGAGCUGUUGGCUGAGCUCACGCUGGGAGAACGAGGAGCCCAGAGGAUUCGUCACUUCUAGACCACAAGUCAGAGAAUCAUCGAAAGGAGCUUUGAAACAUCAAACUGUCUAAUGGACAAUUUGUGUCUGUGCAAGAAACUAAUGAGGCUUCUGUAAGUGUGUGACAGUCGCAUUGCCUUUUUCAUCCACAAAACUGCACCACUGACAUGAGCUGCUGCCAGAGUGCAGCCUGAAGGACAGUUGCUCGGAAUCGCUUAAAUAUCAAGUACACUCUUCUGCUCUGUUUUUGGGAUUUGGCAUUUGACAGGAGGUCGUUAACUUUGUUUACUCUCAGACAAUGGACUUGCCAUUUCUCCCAACUCCAGUGAGCAAGUGCGACACGCGGACAGGGGCGCAAUUCACUGUCCGCUCGGCCAGCUCUCCCUCGUACAGUUUCACCCGCAGACAAGGUGUCAGGAGAUCCAGAGGUUUUAUAGAGGAGGGGAGGGAGGGUACUGAAGGAGACGAAGAAAGAGAGAGACGUGGGACAGAUCCUUACACAAAUGGUACGAAUAAGGAAGAGGAUGGAGUCUCUGAAUAUCAAGACAGCACUGGUGGUCGUAGCAGUGUCAAAGGUCAGCGUGAAGAGAAGGAACCAUUAGACCAUGACACGCCCACCAAGCUGAACCAGAAUGGCACAGGAGACAAAACGACCACAGAGUCCGGCACCGAUAGAAGUGAAAACCCUGCCUUUGAGAGUCGAGGCAGGACAGAGCUGAGGAGAUACAACCUGUCCAGCAGAAGUAAAAGUUUGGAUUGGGGAGCAGAGGCGAAGAGUCCUCUCCGGGGAGUCAUAACUGACAUGUUGUCAACCAGCAGAGGAGGGGACAUCACUAAACAGCUUGGAAGUUUCGAUGAAAGACGGACCGGAGCUGAAGCUGUGAGGAAAUGGGUGAUGUCUUCAACACACACCUACAGCUCUGCAGGUCAAACUAAUGUUGAUCAGGAGAGGAGCCCGGUGAGUCACCUGAGCCAGACGUUGGACAGGGUCAGCAGGGGUCAUUCUCUCCCCUCCAGGAUGAGGUCCCAGUCUGGACCAAGCUCCAGGUUCACAGAGACAGCUUCAUCACUCGGGCCCAAAGGAGGUCAGAGUAUAAUGGAGAGGAUAGAGAAACUCUACGGAUCUGCUGGUGUCAGUAAAGCUGAGGAUAACAGCAAAAUUGGGGACCUCUCCACCUCUGCUACAUCUGCAGACUCCUUUAUUCCAUCACACAGGUCAUACGAAAGGGGAGCUGGGGGGACCUUCCCCAGGGGUUUCUCAUUAGGGGAGAAAAAUAGCCUCAGUCCAAUGCAAAGCAUCAGAUCUGUCCCCUGGACACCUCAGAAGGACGCGUCAGGUUCUGAGAGUUCACUUUCUCCAGGGAGGAGCAGGAGAUUGUCAGGGGGGCUGUGGCAGGGGCAUGUCCAGGGCAGGUUUUCACCAGAAGGUGGAGUCAACGGGGAGAAGGGGUUAGUGGACUUAGGCACAAAGUCUCUGGAUAGAGCGAGGAGUAGGAACACUGUGGCAGCUCAGAUUAGAUCUGCCAGGGCUGCAGCAGGGUUUACUGCACCAAGUACUUUCUUAGAAGAAGAGACAUCAGCUGCUCUCAAAGAUUCAUCUGGAUUCACAGAGAGAGGCAUGAACGGAAAAUGGGAUCAGGGCUCGGUCAACGAUGGAAAGGAAGCUAAUGGAGUAAAAGGUGCUGAGGAAAAAACUGAACUGAAGAGCGGCACCGCUUAUGAAGAUGUAUUUGAGUCAAGUCCAAAUAAAGCUACACCCAAGAAGAACCUCUCAGCUCCAGCCAGCGUGAGGAAUAAGAUCAGCCAGUUCGAGGCUCUGACACAGAGAGCUCAGGGUUUGGCCACAGGAAAUCUCCUGAUGCCUAGACGAGCUUUCUCUGUGCCCACGCAGCUCAGCAGCCAUGAUGGCGUGAAGAAGAGCCGGUCGGCCAAAGCGAUAGGUCGGUGGAGGGACAAGUGGGAGGAUUUGAAAGAGGGAGGUGAGGUGCCCAAUAAACCUGAUGACAAAGGCACAGGGGCAGGGAAGAAGCUGCUGUUAGAAAGGUUUUUAUCUGAGGAAGGGGUCGGACUAGAGAGGAAAGACAAAAGAGGGGUUGAUGUGGCUGAGAGUGAAAGAAAGGGGACGGAUAGCGGAGACAACCUUUCUGAAGAUUUUGUCAAAUAUUCCAAACUCAAGAGUUCACUUGAAAUCCCUCUUAAUGGAGGACGCCGUAAAGCGUUUUACAUCGAUGAGACGGAUUUCGCCAAAGUCUCAAGUCCUGAGGAAGCAAGCGAGAAAGACAUGACCGCCAACAAUACACCAAACCUGCUACCAACCCCCUACUGUUCCAGUGACAUAUCAACUAAUGUGGCAUCUUCACCUGUUAGUGAUGACCAGACGCCGACAAACACCCCCCACCACUCACCUUUUUAUUCACCUACUGCAGAAGCAGAAAAGACCUUCCCCAUUGCAGAUAGACAUGACAGAACUUCCGCCCCCAAAUCUCCUGAUCCAGACUCCUCCCCUCCAACUCGUCCCCUCGCCACCUCCUCCCACAGCAACCUCCAUGAUCUCGUGUCUUCAGAGGUCACCUCCGCCCAGCAGAGAGGGAGGAAACCGGUGCUGGACCUUGACUCUCGGGUAGCAGGCCUGAACUCAGCCAUCAAGGUGUGGAAUGAUGACGAAGAUUAUGAGGAUGACGACGAAAGCACGCAGAAGGAUGAUGAUUCCAGCUAUGAUUCAGACUCGGGAGAGUCCUCUGUGACCGUCACCAGCAACAUGAGCCAGUCAGACCACAGGAGCUUCUGCGUCAGUCUUUCAGAUCUGUGUAGCUUUGCUGGGGUUGACUACGAGUCAGACAACGACAGUGAUGAGUGGCAGCGGAGAGGUCGGAGGUCGGUGUCACUGAGCUCAGAUGCGUCGGCUCUUUCCUGCGUGUCAGUGAUGCCCAGUGAGGAGCUGGACCGGCUGCUGGAGGAUGUCCGGAGCCUGGGGGACAACACCCUGCAGGACUAUGAUGAUGUUCAGGUGGCUGUUCUCCAUAAGGAGAUAGGAGUUGGACUGGGCUUCAGUGUGGCAGGAGGCGUGGACCAGAGCAAGCCAGUCACUGUCCAUAGGGUCUUUCACUCAGGCGUGGCAUGUAAGGAAGGCUCCAUCAUGGAAGGGGACCAGGUCUUGUCCAUCAACGGCACAGCGUUGAACGACUACACCCACUGGGAGGUUCUGAGGGUGCUGAGAAGGGCGAAGGCUCGUGAGACAGGAGUGGUGGUCCUGAGGAGGGGAGGCGUUAGUGACGUCUCCAAGAGUGGAGUGCAGACAAGUACUCCGGGACCAACACAGACCCAGAUCACUGAUGAUGGUCAGCACCUGUGUGUUUCUCUGGAGAAGAACAGCAGGGACCUGGGCUUCAGUCUGGAGGGAGGUGUAGGCUCCAGCCUGGGGAACAGACCUCUCACUGUACAGAAGAUCUUCCAUGGCGGUCCAGUCGACAAGGUGUGUCCCGGCGAUGAAGUUCUGGAGAUUGAGGGUGUGAGCGUGGUGGGGAUGAGGCGUCUGGAGGCUUGGACCUUGAUCAGAAAACUCCCCUCUGGUCCCGUGGACGUGGUACUGUCCCGCCCUCUGAAACAUCUGGAAACGUGAGGGUUAUGGAAGCACAGUAAAGUUCAGGGAAUGAUCAGAGAUAGUGUCUUGGAUGAAACAUGACGUGAAUUACCUGGGAUAUUUGGGCCUUUGAAACAAUACAACAGUUUGUUUACACAGAGAGAGAGUUUAGGCCCAAAAUGAAGCAUAACUUUAAAGACGAGGGCAAAAGUAUUUAUUUAUCUCUCUUUUACUGGAUCACAUCUACCUCAAGGCCUGUGAUAUUUAUGUAUAAUAAUUCAAAUGUACUAAUGGCUCAUGCGUUUAUCAAAAGGAACCAGUUUUUAUGCCAAAUACGCCCCUGUAAAUUUAAAUACACGUUGUAACAUGUUGUGAAUACAUUAUGAGUGCAUUCAAAGUUUCUUUUACUUUUUUUUUUAAAUAAAUCCUAACAAAGUGA